CUAAUGGAUUCAGUACCUCCACUCUCCCUGUCACUCUUUGUGAGGGUCUUCAUGAUUUCUGCCACAGCAUCAGCGCUCAACCUUGAAGGGGAACUUUUCAAGGAUUUGAUGAAGGGCUACAACAAGAACAUCCGCCCGAUGGAGAACAGCGGGGACAUCACUCAGGUCGACAUCAAAAUGACUCUCACUAACCUCAUCUCUCUGAGUGAAAAGGAGGAGGCCCUGACAACAAGCGUCUGGAUAGAAAUGCAAUGGUGUGACUACAGGCUCAGAUGGGACCAACCGCCCAGGUCAGCGCUCUAUGGGAACAUCACCUCUGAGCUGCGGAUGCCCUCCAAGAGCAUCUGGCUGCCUGAAGUCAUACUGGAGAACAAUAUGGAUGGACAGUUCGAGGUGGCUCUGUACUGCAACGCUCUGGUGUCUCCUAACGGCUGCGUGUACUGGCUGCCUCCCGCCAUCUACCGCAGUGCUUGUGCCAUCACCGUCAACUACUUUCCAUUUGACUGGCAGAACUGCACCAUGGUCUUCCGCUCCCAGACGUACAGUGCCAACGAGAUCAAACUGGUUCUCAAAGAGGAGGACAACCACACGCUGGAGUGGGUGGACAUUGACCCAGAGGCUUUCACUGAGAAUGGAGAGUGGGCCAUCAAGCACAGGCCGGCUAAGAUGCUGAUCAACACUCAGCACACUAAGGAUGAGUUGGAGUACCAGGAGGUGGUCUUCUUCCUCAUCAUCCAGAGGAAGCCCCUCUUCUACGUCAUUAACAUCAUCGCUCCCUGUGUGCUCUUCUCUUCUCUCUGCCUCCUUGUCUACUUCUUACCUGCCAAAGCUGGGGGUCAGAAGUGCACCAUGUCUAUUGCCACUCUUCUGGGCCAGACUGUGUUUCUCUUCCUUAUCGCCAAGAAGGUUCCAGAGACUUCGAGGGCAGUGCCCCUGAUUGGAAAGUAUUUGAUGUUUGCGAUGUCAGUGACAACCACGGUGGUGAUGAACUGUGUGGUAGUCCUCAACGUUUCCCUGAGAACCCCAAACACUCACAAAAUGACAGACAAUGUCAGAAAGAUCUUCCUAAACAUCCUGCCUCGGCUGCUGAAGAUGCAGAUGCAACCCUGGAAACCAAACAGUGACAACGCUUCAGAACCUGGCAACGGUGAAAAUCAUGUCACAGACAGGAACAACGUGUUCCUGGUGCCCUGCCGACGCCGCAGCUCCAUGAGCCUCAUCAGCAAGGCGGAGGAAUACGUGUUCAAAACAGCUCGAUCUGAACUCAUGUUUACCAAACUCAAAGACAGAAAUGGACUGAUGAAGUCAGUAUUAGAGAGGAUACAUGAUGGGCUGGAGGGGGGCUCAGCUGAGCAGCUCAGUGCCAGCCUGGCAAAGGCCUCUCCACAGCUGAAGCAGUGUGUGGCCUCCUGCAAACACAUAGCCGAGACUGCAAGAAAACAGAACGACUUCCAAAGUGAGAACGAAGAGUGGUUCCUGGUCGCCCGGGUGAUCGACAGGGUCUGCUUCAUUGUCAUGGUGUCUGUGUUUUUUAUCGGCACGAUUGGGAUCUUCCUGAUGGGUCAUUUCAACCAGCCCCCCUCCUCGCCUUUCCCCGGGGAUCCCAAGAGGUAUCUCCCUCUAAUAAACAACCUCACUGAUCUAACUGAGAGUGGGAUGGGAGCAAACUUCUUGGGGUGAACUAAGAGAAAACUUCCAGAUGUAAUCCUUUUUCAAUCAAAAGUCGGAAUCUGAGGAUGUCCGUCAGUGAUCCUUCGCUUUGAGACGAGGACACAGAGAAGAUUUGGGGGUCUUUCCGACUAUCACAAGUCAAACAUGCUUGUUCAUGUUGAUAAAGGAUCCACUGCACAGUUGUCUGGAUGCCAGUAUGAUUGAUGGUGACGCACAGUACUGGUAUCAGCUGUCACUGAUUUUUGGGGUUGAGAAUACUUGUUGCGUAAAAAGCUGUAUAAGAAAAUGUGCUCUUCCUGUCACAAGCCCAGCGUUUGAUGUAAGUCUACAUUUUUUCCUGCUGAUGAUCAAAUCGUAGGCCAUCAUGAUAAACUACAUGAGACACAUGUUGAUCACAGAUGUAAACAGUGAAAACAAUGUUUUGUUUUUUAAA